UCGCUCGCUCGCUCGCUCGCUCGUGCGCAUGCGCCACAUUGAGACGAGAACUGCGGAGGUCAAAUCGGGGAUUUGGCCGCCGUCGCUCCAAACGAGCCGUGAUGCCGUCCGACUUCGAUAAGGACGCUUAUCCGGAGCCUCCUCGGCAGACUCCGGCCGUGAGCAAAGAGACCGCUUUGCCGAACCCAGCCUUGAUUGUCACGAAACUCUUUUAUUACGCCGUGGACUUGCCCGUCACCACAUUUCGAGAGGUCGUCGACGGGAUUAAGGCUAAAAACAAGACGGUCUACUACCACCAGAAGUUCCGCCGCGUUCCUGACCUGACCCAGUGCCAACACGGGGACUACCUGUGCUACUACGAGGCCGAGAUGCAGUGGAGGAGAGACUACAAAGUGGACCAGGAGAUCGUGAAAGUGGUCCAGGAGCGCAUGCGGGCCUGCCAGCAGAGAGAAGGCUUCAGCUACCAGCAAAACUGUUCCAAAGAGAUCGAGCAGUUCAACGUGGUCACCAAGAACUACCAGCUACGCUACGGCGACUUGGGCGCGUAUGCCAGCGGCAGGAAAUGCCUCAUGAAGCAGAAGGAGAGGAUGAUGGCAGCGCAGAUCCAAAAUGCUUAGCAGUCCUCUUCGUCUUCUCUCAGCGUUGUAAAAUAAAGUACCGAAAUGUUUAACUUGAA